UUUUGUUCUUAGAGCUUACAUAAAAUGAAGAUCUAAGUAAACAACACUAGAAGAGUGGAGAGAAACUCUAAUCUAAUAUGUACAAGGAAGACUUCAGGAACAUGACUGAAGAGACUGGGAACAGCAGUGACUCCUCCUCAGCCUUCAUUCACACCAGCACCAUGAAUACCAUACUGAUUACUGUCUACUCAGUUGCCUUUGUUGGAGGUGGAAUUGGGUCCAUCACAAUGUCAUUUGUGCUGUUCAGUAUGAACACUCUGUCUGUGACCACUACUGCCAUCAUUAACCUGGUUGUUGUGCAUAGCCUCCUCCUCUUCACGAUGCCCUUCCGCAUCCACUAUUAUGUCAACAAGAAGUGGGUAUUCAAGAUGCCAUUUUGCAAAAUGGUGAGUGCAAUGGUGCACAUCCACAUGUACCUGACCUUCCUAUUUUAUGUGAUCACGCUGGUGAUCCGGUGGCUGAUCUUCUUUCAAUGGAAGGACAAAGUAGAGUUUUAUAGGAAGCUGCACGCAGUUGCGGCAAGUGCUGCCGUGUGGGUCAUCGUCAUCAUCUUUGUGGUGCCCGUUUUUCACUUCCGGUACGGACACUCAGGCUCAUACAAUGAUACAACGUGCUUCAAGUUCCACAAAGAACUACAACGGGAGAGCGUGAAAGCCCUAAACUACAUCCUAAUUGUAGCUGUUGCCUGCAUUUCUUGUGUUCUCUUAUGCCUGCAGAUUUUUAUCCUGGUAAAAGUGGCAAGAAAACUUUCCACCUCUUUCUGGUCACACCAAGAGUUCUGGGCCCAGGUGAAAAACUUGAUUUUCAUCUGGGUUAUCAUAAUUUGCUUCCUUCCCUAUCACCUCUUUAGGGCCUACUACGUACAACAUAUUAGGGAUUUUGGCCAGUUAGAAAGCUACAAUGAGGUUUUUUUGAGCCUGACUGCCCUGAGCUGUCUGGACCUGCUGUCAUUUGUGCUGAGUGGAAGCCGCUUGUUCAAGCAAAAGGUAGGGAUGCUCAGCAGCAGGUUGCAUUGCUGCUAGUGUCAGCCUCCUGCGGCAUGUGUGGACUUGGACCUGGGAAAGGAUGGUGAUGGACAGGCAUGACAAACAGUAAGUCAGAGUGGGCCCUGGAAACAGUGCAACACACUCACAGAGGGCUCUGCACACCGGCUCCCUGAAGUAAUGUGCCAAACUGCCUCCGGUGUCUCAGCCGGCACUGGAAGGUGACCUCAGGGAUUUCCUCAUGGUGCUACACAGUGAGUUGUGAAUGGAUCUGGAGAAGAGUGAAGAAAGAUCCUGAGCUCUUCUGUCUUUUUUUUUUAUUUCUACAUUAAGGUUUGUGAAGUCAAAGGCACUGGGAGAAGAUCUGAGAAUUUGCAGUGCAGAAACACAAAUAGAAAAGCAGGUUUUUACAGACUAAUGUACAGAUUUUUGAAACUUAAAGACCUAUAAAAUUUUACCACUCAUCUCAUAUGUAUUCUCCACAAGCUCUCAUAAAAUAUCAGGAAACUAUAGUUCCUCCUGAGCAGGUCUGUUCCUUUGCUGUAAAGACAAACAGAACUUUCUAAGUGAAUUAACAAUUAAACAAACUAUUUAAAACCAAACCAGCAAUAAAUAGUUAUUUCUUAAAAUACUUUUUUCAAAAUCAUCUUUUGGAGAGGGUAUCUCUGUAUCAGAAAAGAGUUUUGUUGUCUAACAAAAAUUACAUAUUGCUACUGAAACAAACAGUGCAAGUUCAAACAAAAGCCUUAUUAUUAUGUAUUAAUCUUUAUAGAAUUAUUCAAUUUUAAAAAAUAUUUUACAGUGAGGAUAAUUUUAUUUAGAUCAUUCAGACACAGUUUCUUGUCUUAAAAUGUCAAAUAUUUUAGGUAUCCAAGGUAACAAUGCUUUUUUUAAAAUCUUAUGUUGAUUUUGUGCAAUUCUGAAGUUUAUAACUAAUUACUCACAGUAUCUUUAGCUUGAAAUCAACUCUAUAAAUUUUGUACUCUACUGGGAGAAGGAAUGAAAAUGUUUUUGCUUGGAUUGGAGGAAUGGAAAAAGCUAAUAGAACUAGUGUAGCUAAAAAGCUUAUUAUAUCUCAGUGAGGCAUAGUCAGCUGCUGUCUCUGAAGACAGAAUUGAAUUCUACUAGAAAAGACAAAAAAUUCAGCAAAAUAAUUCUGUGAAAGACAUUCAGGCUUUCAUAGCUCAGCUGCUUUCCACCUAUCCCCAAAAAAGAAUAUAAAUCUCUGACUUGCAUAAUCCAAGGCAUCAAUUGCUAAUAUAUCUUUCUUGCCAUCUGCAUAAGUCCACAUUUUUUCAUCUAGAGUCAGUGGGAUAUUAACUUAAUUUGUUGAAUUAGAGGUUGCCAGCUGAUAAAUUUCCAGUGACAGUCUCUCCUUAUAAUGCUGUUGAAGUCCACCUUUUCAUACUUGUGAAUUUUUCCUUUCCUUUCUGCUUCACCUUCAACAUCUCUUGCACACGAGACAGCAAUCAAACAACAGUUGGUUGAUCUUGCUGUACCCGUGCGAUAUCACAGCUAUGCUCAUUGGUUUUGGUCCCACCAAGAUGGUUACUUUAUAGUAUCCCAUCUCUUCUAUAGUCUUUCUUCCCUGUCUUCCUUCUCCUUUAUAUCUCUCAGGAUGUUCGAUCAUAAAAAGGUAUUUUCAGGUCAGAGUAUGAGUCAUGCUAUACAACAUCAAAAGUUGGAAAUCACUGAAGUUCAUACCACAGCUGAGAUGUCGGGCUUCUCGCAUGGCUCACCCUCAGCAAACAGCCUGGAUCACAUCAUCUGCUAAGAAGGAAAUUGCAGUGUGUGUGGAUCUGGGAAAAAUCUAUCUGAGACAGCAUUUGCUCCCAAAGGAUCACGGCAAAGAGGAAGUCAACUACCAGCCAGAUUCAAGGAUAGUCUGGGAACUACAAGGGACUUUCACAACAUGGAAGGAGACAAGUUCAAUGUGUAGUUCACUACUAGUUAAUGGUGUGUCAUUAAGAAAGCAAUAAACUGCUCAUAUCUAGAUAUAUUUUAAAGCUACACAAACACAUCAUUUUCUCCUUGAGGAGGGAGAGGAUGGAACAUGGCACAACAUUUUUGUUUCUUCCUAUAGCAACAUGAUUGGUUAAAGAAAAUGCCUUGCAUGUGUUCUGUAAGCACUGCAUAGCUUUGUAACAAUAUAUUA